GCUUAUCUCUAUCUGUUUUAGUGUGUCAGUCUGCUCAGCCAGUCCGCUUUUAUCUCUCAUUCAUCGAAUGGUACUUGUGUCCGCCGGUCGGUUUUUCUUUCGCUCUUGGAUACCGCUUAUCCGUAGAAGUGCACUUUCCAGAAUGGGUGAAGCGCAGGGAUUGACGGAUAAGGAAGCCAAGGAGUUGCUUAAACUUACCGAUGCCGACACUAAGGAUUAUAUUUUCCAACAAACCAUGUAUCGCAUCAAGGAUCCACGAGCAUCUCUUCCCUUCUACAAUGAGGUUCUUGGGAUGAACCUGCUUUGCAAAAUGGAUUUUCCGGAAGCACAGUUCUCGCUGUAUUUUAUGGGAUAUGAGGACAUUGCUGACCAACCUUCCGAUAAGAAAGAAUGCAUUCAAUGGGCCAUGAGCCGAAAGGCAACGCUUGAACUAACACACAACUGGGGCACAGAAGCCGAUCCCGAUCAGAAGUAUCACAACGGAAAUGCCGAGCCGCGUGGUUACGGUCAUAUUGGAAUCAUGGUUCCCGAUGUAGCCAAAGCUUGUGCUAGGUUCGAUAGGCUCGGUGUGGAGUACGUUAAACGCCCGGAGGAUGGACGCAUGAAGGGACUGGCUUUUAUCAAGGAUCCCGAUGGUUACUGGAUCGAAAUCUUCAACGCUUCUAAAGUCGCUGGAUUGUGAAGUGGGAUUUUUUUUAUGGAACAUUGAGUCGUCCAAAUAAGCCAGUGAAAAGGGGAGCGAAACGGUUUUUUUCUCAAGCAUGCGUAUUGGAAUCAAAUGAUAUUUGCCUUAUAUUUAUUAGAUUAAGCUAAUGUUUUGUCCUUUGGACAAUAAAGAGAUUCAAGCUUUACACUCGA